UAGUCCUGCGUUUGGCGCCAUUUUUAUUGUUCAUUGAAUUAAAUUCUUAAUUCCGUUACUUGAAUCUGCCACUUCAUUACUCGGUUUUACAUUUACAAUUCUCUAAGAUUAAUUAUACGAGUAUAGGAUACCUACAUAUUUUUAGUAUAGCAUAGCAGAAUUUCGAAUUUUCAGUCUUUUGAAAAUCGAAUUGCCCGAGUUAUUGAAAACUCUAUUAAAACUUAGUUGGUUUUGUUAGUUUUUCAUAAUUUUCAACUAUUUUUCGCGUCUUUUUACGGGAGCAAUGCAAGCCCAGGGCGAAGUCAUUUUGAAAUUCAGCCGGCUUUCUGAACAUGCUUUCCCGCCAGUCAAAGGUUCAGAAAAGGCAGCUGGUUAUGACUUGAAAAGUGCAUACAACUAUACUGUUCCUGCAAGGGGUAAGGAACUAAUCAAAACAGACCUGCAAAUAGAGCUACCAUCUAAAUGCUAUGGCAGAGUUGCACCACGCUCAGGAUUAGCUGUCAAAAAUUUUAUAGAUGUUGGAGCUGGUGUUAUAGAUGAAGACUACAGAGGUAAUAUUGGGGUGGUUCUUUUCAACCAUUCUGAUCAAGAUUUUGUCGUCAAGAAGGGUGACAGAAUUGCACAGCUUAUAUGUGAGAGGAUUUACUAUCCUACAUUGCAAGAAGUUUCUAAUUUAUCUGAAACUAACAGGGGAGAUGGAGGGUUUGGUUCAACUGGAAGCCAGUAAUUAAACAAUAACAUAAUUUUAAGUAUCAUAUUCACAAUAAAUAUUUCAAAAAAUAUAUA